AUGCUAGUAAAAAUAGGGCGAACGAAAGAGAUUCUUUUGUAUGGCUCAUGGAGCGGAGAGUUAAGGAAUAUUUAUAGGGUGGUUGACGAGGCGAUAAUAGGAAAGCGAGAAGAAAAUAGAAUAGGAAAGUUGCGAAGAAAUUCGAUGCUUGGAAGGCUGCGUUUGGGAACUGUAAGAAUACAGUACGCGGUUGAUGGGGUCCAUUUUGGUGGGGUUGUAGUGUCUCCAGUGCCGCAAAUGGUCUUCUAG